AUGGAAAAUGGCACUGGGAAUUCUGCCAAUGCAGGCUCUACACCACCAGCCCACCCAACCCCCACACAAGGCCUAAUCUUAACAGGAAAACAGGAGCAUUACCUGAAACGCGAAUUGAUUUCUCUACAAGUCCGCGGUGAGAUUGCGGAGCUCAAUUCCCCCACUGCCCUUCGCCGUUUCGGAGCCCCCUUCAAAUCGGAAUUCGGAGAGAUCCGUCCAAUAGAUUCAGAACUACCAAUUCUCAGAUUCAUUUUCGUCCACCAUGUGCGCAAUUUCCCCUUCUUGGAUAAGGCGAAAGAGAAGGAGUUUUGGCAGGAUAAGUUGCAGACGUUCCUGGAGUCUUUCGCAAAUAAACACAUCUCCUCCAGCGAAGAUAGAUAUGAAGAGACGAAACGGCGGAAGUUGGCGCAGAAAUGUGAAAAGUUGGUCGAGCUCAUGAUGGUGUCUGGUAUCCCCACUGCAUCGGGAUAUGAGGAACGCAUCCGCUUCUCGGAAAUGGAGGUGGUGGAUCGUGGUGCGAACGAGCAGGGUUUGCUGGUUAAUAUUCCCGAAGGCCACGCCAUACACGGCUGGGACGUCAAUGUUGCUGGGGCCCGGACCACGCUGGUUAAGCGGACGGUCAGGUAUCAUCAACAUGCGGAAUUCAUUCUCAGAGUAAGACGGCAUGGCAGGCCAGACCGUUAUGUCGGUCGACGAUUUGGCGAAUUUGUUAAAUUGCACAAACGCCUCCAUACCGAAAUGCCCGGGAAAAUCCUCCCUCCUGUUCCCAGGAAGAACAAGAACUUCGUUUCGUCCACGCUCCUUUUAGGAGGCGACGAUGAUGUUUCGUCGGUAUCCUCCAAUUCAACACAUGAUGUCAAUUUCGUAGAUGACACCCGUUCUUCGCGAAAUCUCAACGUGAAACAAGAUCAACAGAAACGCUCCUCCUCCCGAUCAUCCUUCAACAGGACACCGAAAUUCCCCCGAAAUUCCGCUGAACUUGUUACUGAACCAGUAAUGUUAUUCCGGGAAGAGCAGAGGGUCUCGCUCCGUGCAUUCCUGCGCACGUUACUGCAGAACCCACGCAUUGCGGAAUCCAAGGCUAUGGAAGAGUUCCUCACGGCUGACCCUAUCACUCUUAACGAGGAGGAACUUACUGAUAUCCAGCGGAGGAAGGAUUUGGAUGCUAAGAGGAUAGAGGAGCAGAGACAGUUCUAUGAAAUUGCGAGGAAGCGUGCACAGGAAUUAGAUGUCUAUAUGGAACAGUUUCGGCAGGAUAUUGUUGAGAACAAUGGCUUGACGAAAUUGUUCCAGGAGAUCAGGGCGAAACGCUCCGUUGAAGAAUUAAGCCCGCAAUAUCAGAAGUUUGCAGAGUGGUUACGGAUUGAGGUUGCUGCAACUGUCUACCACCUCUUCUUAGCAGAAGACAACUCCCCAGAGCUCUUUGCCCAAGCAAAACGCAUCCACUCCUUAAUCCCCUAUACCCUCAUGAAAAAUGUAAUCCGCAUCGCCAACCCCGCAGCCGUCAUGUCAGGCGUGCUAGAUCUCUUUCUCGCUCAACCCUUUGGCUCUCGGUCCUUGCUCCAGCGCAUCUUCUCCCUAGCCAUCCAUGACGGAAUCAAGACGCUACAGAGAACGGUCGAUGGGCUUAGUUCGAAAGUCGAUGAUCCAAUUCUUGUAAAUAAACUUAGAGCUUUCACGGAAGCGGAUGAGGUGGUGAAGGAUGAGAUUCGCUCUGAGGCCAAGGAUGACGAUGUUGAUAUCGUCGUGGCAAUUUUGAGGUCGGAGUUGAUUGAACCGGAGCUUAAUCCAGGGCAGAUUGAGAAGGUUUUCAAUUCUUAUGUUGCUUGGAUCAACACUGUUGAGAAUGUUGAUUUGGAGAUGCAUCAGGGGGCACGGUGGUUUGCGUACUUGAAGCAGCUGCUAAAAAUGGUAACUAGACAACGUGAUAAGGCAAUGAUGCUGAGCAUCAUCGAAGAACCCGUCACCCUUCAACUAUUCCGCGACCUCUUCACAAUCUUCUACGAACCACUCGUCCGCGUCUACAAAUCUGCAAACGUCUACAACAGCAUAACCGACUUCGCCGAAUUUGCCGACGAUGCCAUCGCCGUCAUUGAACGUGCACAUCGCCAAGACGUCUCCGCAGACCCCAACCAGACUGUCCAGUCUUUCAUAGACCUUUGCGCCCGCCACCAGCACAGCUUCUAUAAAUUUGUCCACGAGGUCCAUCUGCAUGAUAACGGCCUUUUUGACGCCCUGAUGGCCUGGCUGGAGGAUAUAUUGCAUUUUUUGCGCCAUGGGCCUCAGACCGGGGGAAAAUUGGAUAUGAAUGCGUUGUUUAGGGGGGCGGUGGAUGUGGGACAGAUUGAUGCAGAGGUCGCGAUUAGAGAAAUUGAUUCACUGGUUAAGUGGCAUGCGGAACGGAAGAAGUGGCAUCACGAUAAGACGAGGCAGAAGAUGGCGGCUGAGGGGUCGGGGGUGGGUGGUUCGUCAGACUCUGGACUGCCCGGGAGCGCGACGUUUAGGGGGAGUGAUUUUGGGUUGGAUGAGGCCGACCUCGACGACCUGGCGAUCGAUGACAUUACUUCCAACACUUCCGAUGAAGACUCGGCUGACGACGACAUGGAUCCCAUCGCGUUUGGAGCGCAAACGUCGCGCAAAGCGCCAGGAUAG